CGGCUCAGGACCGAACCAGCUCUAGGCAGCCAUAACUAGCUUAGUAGACUUAUCUCCAUACCAGAAUAAGUUAUAGAACAUUAAACCAUAGUAAAAAGACUUUUCCCCUUAAUUUUCCUCUUACUAACGCUAAUCAAAUCCUUAUUCUAUUUUUAUGUACCUUUCCGCUCUCUCAUGGAGCAUCCUUAUUCUGGUUAAAACUGCUAUUUUGUUUGUCGUUUUGUCAAUUCAGACUAGCUUUUACGUUAGGCAGGAUAAUUAGUUAUUAAUCUUAUAUUUGUGUAGCUGUGAGAUAGGCGAAUUGUAAUAAAAGAGUAUUUCAAUAUAAAAAUCAAUAAACGAUACCUAACCAACGGAAACCAACUGAAACUUUUGUUUUUCAUCCACCACCCCUGCAUUUUCGAAAUUUAGAUCUGAUUCCGGUUGACGUUCGUUUGUUGUUUGUUUUUAACUGCAUUUGAAACUAAUCUAAAGCGCUCCUGUCAUUCGUCCAGUGCGUGAAUGAAAACAAUACAAUCUUCGAUCGCUCAGAUUUAUCAUUAGCAGAAAAUGCCGCAAUAAUCGGAAAAAGCUGAAAACGUGCAUUAUUUUAAACGUCGAAAUACAUAUAUAAAAAUGCGACAAAACGCUCUGUGUCGUGUUUGUGCUUCCACUGACGCUGCACUUGAUCUGGUGGAUAUUUUCGAUGGCUACGAAAACGAAGAGUGUGUUGCUGAUAUUCUGCUCGAGCUAGCCGGAAUAAAGGCGACUGUAAAUGAUGGUUUUCCUCGAAAUUGUUGCACACAAUGCCAUGCCGACCUUACCAGCGCUGUAGCCGUACGGAGGAAGUGUAUUGAAUCCGAGAAACUUAUCCAAGCAACUCUGGACGGCAGUUGUCCUUUUAUGGAUGAUCAAUCAGAAAAUGUAUCCAUGGUAUCUUCUAAACAGGAGCAGAUUCCUACUUAUCAUUGCUCCGAGUGUUCCAUCGAUUUCUUCACCUCGGAAACACUUCAGGAACAUUAUCAUUCAAAGCAUGCCAACGUUAUUCAUGGAUGGAAAAGUUUCGGGGUCAGUGAAAUUUCCUUAUUUGAUACGACUGAUGAAGAAGAGGAUGAAAAAGUAGCUUCCGAUUCCGAGACAACGCACGUUAAUUCACCAAUUCGCUUUCAUCGUUGCUGUGGAUGCUUAUUGACAUUUCAUACUGAUAUGGAACUGAAACAACAUUCCGAUACGGUGCAUGCUUCAAACGUUCAGAUUGACGAAAGUCAUGCAUUACAAUGUAACGUAUGCCGUAAGUUGUUCACAAAUGCGAUCGCGCUGGAAAAUCACCAAAAUGUGGAAUAUUUGCAUCGUUUCCAAUGUGCAAGGUGCGGAAUCCUGUUCGGAUUCCAAUCGCAACUGGCCAGGCAUGAAUUUAAGCACAUGCGUAGACCAAUCACCUGUCACAUAUGUAAUAAGAUUUUCUCUCAUCCGGAAUACAUGAAUACCCACAUGAAAAGGAUUCACUUAAAUUAUAAAGUGCCUAAAUCGAUACAAAAGCAUGUUUGCAAUCAAUGUGGCAAAACUGUUAGCUCGGCCGCGUACCUGAGAACACACUUGCGGCUACAUUCUAACGACGAACCAUUCUCCUGCACCCUAUGUGGAGCCCGCUUCAAACUGCACACAUAUUUAAAAUGGCACAUGGCAUUGCACACCGGUGUGCACAAAUGCAAGGAGUGUGACGCAUCCUACAAAAGUCCAUCGGAACUUCAGGAUCACAUGAAUACCCAUAUCGGAACAAGGGAGUUUAGUUGUGCCGUUUGCGGUAGCAAUUUUUAUACAAGGAAAUCCCUUUUGAAACACAUGAGACAGGUACAUUCUCACUACCAAAAAAAACGAUAAUUCAACAAAAAAUCUUUAUCGGUUAUCGUUCAAGAUCAUGUUAGGUAGGAAAAUAAAUUUAAAAAAUCUUGUAAAUUCCAUACUAUGAAAUAUUUCAUUUGCUCCGAAUUACAACGUACAAAUAAAAACAUUACAACUGGCUGUUUUAGAUGCGUUUCAAACGCUUCGAAAAGUUGCUUUGAUGUAAACAUCAGAAGUAAACAUACCCUGACAGCCAAAGCUAUACAUUUGGUUUGCUAUCCGCACGGAAGAAAUAACGUUUUGAUUCGGUUAUUAUGAAGCUGCUAAGCGUGUAAUAAUAUCCUAAAAGUGAAACGAAAUUCAACUUAUCACUUUAACAUAAUCCUACGUAGAUAGACAGCCGUUUAACC